AUGCAGCCGAUUCCCCCUUCAUCGAACCAGUCUUUUCCUCCGACACAACAGAACCAGCCUGGUUUGCUUUUAGAACAAGCACUGGUUCCAAAACUGCAAACUGGGCCCAUGUCCAGCGUUCACACCCCAGCCUCUAGUCAUCGCGGUGGAAACCAACAAAUUGAACAGUAUUGUUCUCAUGAGCAAGAUGAGAAUGCCUGGGUUGAAAACGCCACAGCUGUCACCGGAGCCACCAGUGAAACAGGUCUCAGCGCAGACAAUAUGUCCCGAUACGGUACCCGAUAUGGUCUUCUAGCUUCGCUGGGGCUCAAUAGCGGCCCAAAUUCUUGUGUUGGUGGUGCCGCUGCAGCGCUUAUUCGGACGGAAAUUGACGACUUUCACACGCAUGCAUGCGCACGUUUAUUCAGUUUCUGCGUUUACUUCGGCCUUGGAAUUUGUUCAGUAUUUUCGCCAGUCCUGAUGGUGGUCUUCCCUUAUCUUCCAUCGGUUGGUUGGGCUACAGACUCCUGUGAGCCUACCUGCGAGGGUCAUCUUAUUGGCAUGGCAGUCAAACUAGCCUUGUUGGCCUUGGGAACUUGGAUUUUAACAACUCCACACUGUCCAUUUAUAAAUGGUGGAUACAUUGUUCUACUUCGUAUUCGGCUCUGGCGAAGCCUUCUCUUUUGUCUCAUUUUUGUUGUGCUGUUCGCCUUCUGGCUGUUUUACAGCGUGCGCAUCCUGCAACCGAAAGAAAAGGCCUACGGUUCAAUCGUCCUUUUCUCAAGUAGUCUCUCGGAUACUCUGCUCUUUUUAAACUAUGCCGGCAUCGCCUUGUUGGAGUUUCAGCGAAUGAGAUCGCAGUUUGCAGUCCACAUCGUACGAUCUCCUGACGGUGCAUCGAAGACAUAUCGAAUUGGCGGCAUGUCCAUCGAAAGAGCUGCGCUUGAGAUCCUCCAACUGUACAUGGUUGAUUUUACAUUGCUUAUAAAUUACCUCAACAGUCCUGAAAAUGAUUCAUUCGUUGAGACACUGCUGUAUGAAGCCGGGCGUUCUAUCAACUGUCUCGGCUGA